GAGACCACCCAUGUGACAUAUAAUCAAGUCAAUUCCUCUAUUUAUCUCCUCUUGUUUAUAUCUCAAUCAGAACUCAACAAACCAUUUUUUUAAACAUCUUGAAUAAAAUAAAUAAUCAAAUAUGGAAUCCGUUGCGAUUUUAUGCCAACUAGUAGAAUAUAUUGGAGAUUACAUUCAUUGCAACAACACUUCAAAAGUGAAGCCUCAUUGCCUUUGAACUUAGCCAUGGCUACCGGUUCAAAGCUUUUCCUCUCUUUGUUUCUCCAAUUGCUUUCUAUCCUUUUUCUCUUCAAUCCCACAAAUGCUCAGGGACUGAAGAUUGGGUUUUAUGAGAAAUCAUGCCCUAAGGUAGAGCUCAUUGUUAAGAAUGUUGCUGCGGAUACCAUGUCAAAGGCUCCUUCACUUGCUGGCGCUUUGUUGAGAAUGUUUUUUCAUGACUGUUUUGUUAGGGGUUGUGAUGGUUCUAUUUUGUUGGAUUCACCAACGAACCAAUCUGAAAAGGAUGCGUUUCCAAAUCUAAGCCUUCGAGGAUACCAAAUAAUUGAUAGAGCAAAGGCUGAAAUAGAGAAAGAGUGCCCUGGGGUCGUUUCAUGUUCUGAUAUUUUAGCGUUGAUAGCAAGGGAUAUCGUCGCUGCGAGGAAUGGACCAUCGUGGGAAGUCGAAACAGGGCGAAGAGAUGGAAAUGUAUCAAUUAUAACAGACGCCUUCCAAAAUCUGCCAGGUCCCGGUUUUAACAUCUCCCAAUUGAUAACAAGGUUCCAACAAAAGGGUCUAAGUGUAAAAGACCUUGCAGUCUUGUCAGCUGGACACACCCUUGGAGUAUCUCACUGCUUUUCCUUUAGCAACCGCCUUUACAACUUCACCGGAAAGGGUAUUAAUAAUGAUGCUGAUCCUACCUUGGAUCCAAACUACGUUGCAAAGUUGAAGGUUAAAUGCAAGCCUGCAGAUACUACUACGAUUGUGGAGAUGGAUCCCGGCAGCUUCUCGACAUUUGACAAUGACUAUUACAAAUUAGUCACGAAAAGAAGAGGGCUAUUCCAAUCAGAUGCAACUCUACUAGACAAUGCAGAGACCAAAGCCUAUGUUGAGCUUCAUGCGAUUCAGAAGGAAAGUUUCUUCCAGGACUUUGGUGUGUCCAUGGUGAAAAUGGGAAGGAUUGGUGUUCUUACAGGAAUACAAGGUGAAAUCAGGAAAGUUUGUUCUAAGGUUAACUAAGAAGCAGGUUGUGAAAGUUGGGUCAAAGUUCCAAGCUCAUGGUUUUUAAGUUUUACGAUUCUUCACAAGUGCACAUUCCCUUUGUCGCUGUAGAAAUAAGUCCUGUCAUUUAUU